AUGUGUACUCUAGAGAAGCGCGGCGAUUUCUUCAUCCUGACACUCACCGGUGAAAACGACGACCACCGUCUCAGCCCAACCCUCAUCGCCGCCGUCCUAUCUGCUCUCCGCGAAGCCAGAUCGCAGGCCACCAGAGGCUCGGUCCUCAUCACCACCUCCCAGGGCAAAUUCUUCUCCAACGGCUUCGAUCUCGGCUGGGCGAGAUCCGCCGCAACCCCAUCCGAUGCCUUCUUGCGGCUGCACCAAAUGGUGGAAUCGUUCCGGCCGAUUGUCGCCGAGCUGAUCUCCCUCCCGAUGCCCACCGUCGCCGUCGUCCAGGGCCACGCCGCCGCCGCCGGAUUCGGCCUGGCCCUGAGCCACGAUUACGUGUUUAUGAGGAGCGACAGAGGCGUUUUGUACAUGAGCGAGGUCGAUUUGGGGCUCCCUUUCCCUGAUUACUUCUCGGUGCUGUUCAGGGCGAAGCUCGGUUCCAUCGCGGCCCGUCGCGAUGUGCUGUUGCGAGGGACGAAGGUCCGGGGAGCGGAGGCGGUGAAGCUGGGGAUCGUGGACGGAGCUUACGAUGGCGAGGAGAAGGUCAAGGGUGCUGGAAUGCAGCUGGCGGAGAAGUUGGCAUCGAGGAAGUGGAACGGCGAGAUUUACAAGGAGAUAAGGAAGAGCCUGUACCCGGAGCUUUGUGCGAUCCUGGGUUUGGAAGUUGACAAACCAGCCCUCUCGAAGCUCUGA